UAUGAUUUCGCGUUGUUAUCUGUUAAUACCAUGCGUCAGUUGCGUUUGCAUGCCCCCCCCCUAUAAAACUGCUCUGCUUUACUGCGUUCUCCCCAGCUAGCAAGCCUGUGCGGCUGUGUGAAAGAACACUACACCGCUUCUCUCCCGAUGCUGCCGUCUUCCAGGGCGAGAUCCAGGUCCUGGGGAGCUGCGCCGUGGACUGCUCCGCCGUCUCCCAGACUUAAGUAUCGGCACGAGCGCAGCCGGUCCACCACGUACUCGCCACUCGUUUCCGAGAGUCACAGUGGCGACGGCGGCAGCCUGAUGGAGGAGGAGCUCCGGACGGCAGAGAUGGAGGGGGAGCGCCGGACGACAAAGAUGGAGGAGAAGGCGCGCCCGCAGCAAGAGCCGAUGGAGCUGCAGAGCGACGGCAAUAGUGCCCACGAUUCGAGCGACGCGUCCGACGAGCGGUUGCAGCUCCUGGAGCGGGAGGUGGCGGUGGCGAAGCAGACGGAGAUGAAGAUGCUGGAGUCGCUGAUCCUCCAGACCAAGGAGCUGGAGCAGGCCAAGAUCGCGCUCGAGGAUGCCAAGCUCGAGGUCGCCACGCUGCGGCGGCAGGGCGGCGCCGAACCGGCCCCGCAGCAGUGGAGCGUCAUUGACCUCAUGUUCGGCGGCGUCGAUGAGGAGAUCAACGGGCUCAAGGCCAAGCUCCAGGCGGCGGUGCUGGCCGAGGAGCGGAGCAGGAAGGCGGCCGACGACCUCACCGCGGCGCUGUCCGCGGUGACCAUGGAGGCGAAGCAGGUGAAGGCCUGGCUCUCCGACGCGCAGGCCGAGCUGGAGGGCGCGAACGCCGAGGUCGAGCGGCUUAGGGGGCUGCUUCAUGCCGCCGAGGCGGAGCUGUGGUCGACCACCGAGCAGGUCGGCACGCUCACGUCCGAGUGGAAGGAGGCCGCGGUCGCGUGGCGCGCCAGGGAGAAGGCGCUGCUCGGGCGCGCCCGCGUGGCCGAGGAGGAGGUGGGAGCGGCGCGGCGCGAGAACGCCGAGCUCGCCGAUGCGCACCAGGCGCUCAGCGACGAGAACGGCGGCCUGCACAUCGCGCUGGAGCAGGCCGUCGAGGAGGCCAACGCGGCAACCGAGUCGCUCGAGCUGGCGAGCGGCGAGAACGCCAAGCUGCAGGACGCCGUCGCAGAGAAAGAGCGCGCCCUGGAGACACUGCGGCGGGAGAAUGAGAGCCUCAAGGCCAGCGAGGCCGCGGCGCGGGAGCGCGCUAAGGAGCUCGACGGCCAGCUCGCAGCGACACGAAAGACAGGUCCCGUCGGAAAGGCGGCGGAGCUGCCACUGGAAAAGUGGAGAAGCGAGGUGAUGCAGGGCAAGCUCAGCGCGGCGUUCUUGGACUCCGGCAGGGUGAUGGCGGGGCGGAAGGACAGGAUGUUCGCGUCGCUCAGCAACCUGGCCGAGCUCAAGUCGGCGGCGGCCGCGGCGGCCAUGGAGGACUACGACUACGAGUUCGACCACUUCGACGCGGGCCAGUACGGUGGCACGGAGCACACUUUGAAGCACAGGAGGAGGAGGUCGAUUCUGAAAAAGUUCGGGGAUCUCUUCAGGAGGAGAAGCUUGAACAAGUCCAACCUGGGGCCGCCGGUGCUGCACCACUAGCCGCAAUCUUGGUAGAUCAUAGAUGUUUGCGAGAUGCUUGCUUGCAGUGUGCCAGUGUGCUCGACAUGCACACAGAAUAAGUGAAAAAAGUAUAUCAUCGUCACCAUGGCCUUCACUUCAUGCUUCCGCUGAAACUCUGAUCGUACUGCGUCCAUGGAACCGUUGUCUUCUUAAGGAUAGAAUUACAGAGUGAUGCAGCAGGUUGAAAGGAGAUGACAUUGUUUCAGAUGAUC